AUGUCGUCCGAUACAGACGCAUCUCUGGACAAAACCGUCCUAGCCGUCUCCUUCGCCUCCGCCGUCCUCUACCUCUUUCAAGUCCGAUCCAGCCCCUCGUACUCGCGCACGCUCGUCAAGACCUCUUCCACCGCCUUGCUCUCCUACCUCUCUCACCUUCUCGGCGGCCCCCAAUUCCUUACUGGCGCUCUAGCCCUCAGCGCCCUCGGCGAUGCCUUCCUUGCUUGGGAUGGCGACCUAGCCUUCCUUUGUGGUCUGUCCAGCUUCAUGGUUGCUCAUGUCCUUUACAUCUUGUUGUUCCUGCAGCAACAACAUGCUGCUGGUUUUCAAGGUCUAUUAGAGGGGGGAUGGCGCACCGCAAUGGCUGGUGGAUUGGCGGUUUUGGUCCCCGUCAUGAUCGCCACGUUGAUGCCCAAGGUUGGCAAUGCGCUGAGAGUACCGGUGUUGGUGUACUCGCUUACCAUUUGUGUGAUGGCCCUGACAGCGCUCACAUUGGAGAAUGGAAGGGUGAUUGUGGGGGCCACCAUGUUCACGGCGUCGGAUUCGAUCCUUGCGGCGGACAAGUUCUUGGUGCUUGAGACAGAAGGGUAUAGGGACUGGAUGCAGAGAGCCGUUUGGGUACUGUACUAUGGAGGGCAGGCGUUGAUUACGCUGAGAUUUGUCGAGCCGGCGUGGUAG